AUGGUCGGCUUCAUAAACGCCAUAGUCCGCUCCAUCGGCCUCCUCUGGACGCUGCUAAUCACGGCGCUUGUCGGCAAUGUCAUUGCCAGCAACAUCAACGGCCAAAUGGCCGCCAUCAACUUCACCAUGUUUGUUGCCGUUCUCGCAUGGGUUGCCAACUUGUAUGGCCUUGCCGCAGCCAUCAUCUCAAGCCUGAGCAUGGUCAUUGUUCUCCUCGCUCUCGACGGCCUGGCUACUCUCUUCACCUUUAUCAGCGCCAUCGUCUUGGCCGCCAAGCUGCACGCGCCCAACUGUAGCAAUCUCCGAAACGCCGGGCUCUCGAGCAGCUGGAUCGGCUGGGGCUCCUCCGACAACGAGAAGCGCUGCCGGGAGCUCCAGGCCAGCACCGCCUUCAUGUGGUUCCUCUGGGCCUGCUUUUGUGUUUCCCUGUUCUUCAGCUUCAAGGAAGCUCGAGGCGGCGGCGGUCUUCGUGGUUCUGCGCGCUCUGGUAGGCCAAACAUGUCCCAGGUUGGCGUAUAA